UUUAGGUCAUUCGCAUACGUAGGACACCCUCUAAGUACAACUAGUUGGUCUUUGCAGGUGGUGGAGGACAAGUCACAUUCGCCCAUUAGAGAUGUUAUCCGUGCGAGUUGCAGCGGCUCUGGCCAGAAGCCUGCCCAGACAGGCUGGAUUUGUGGCCAAGAAUGUUGCCGCCGCCACCAGCGUAGGAGUGAAUCACCUCCACACACAUAGACCAUGUCUUGCUGCAAAGACUGGCACGGCUGAGGUGUCCUCAAUCUUGGAGGAGAAGAUCCUGGGUGCUGACACCAGUGCUGCUCUGGAGGAGACUGGCCGUGUGCUCUCCAUCGGUGAUGGUAUUGCCAGAGUGUACGGUCUCAGGAAUGUUCAGGCUGAGGAGAUGGUGGAGUUCUCCUCUGGACUCAAGGGUAUGUCUCUGAACUUGGAGCCUGACAAUGUUGGUGUUGUGGUGUUCGGUAAUGACAAGCUGAUCAAAGAGGGCGACAUCGUGAAGAGGACUGGUGCCAUCGUGGACGUGCCAGUUGGUGAGGAGCUGCUGGGUCGCGUGGUGGAUGCUUUGGGCAAUGCCAUCGAUGGAAAGGGUCCUCUUGGAUCUAGCAUCCGUAGGCGUGUGGGUCUGAAGGCCCCUGGCAUCAUCCCCCGUAUCUCUGUGAAGGAACCUAUGCAGACUGGCAUCAAGGCCGUGGACAGCCUGGUGCCCAUUGGCCGUGGCCAGCGUGAGCUGAUCAUCGGUGACAGACAGACUGGCAAAACCGCUAUUGCCAUUGACACCAUCAUCAACCAGCGACGUUUCAACGAAGGCAAAGAUGAGAAGAAGAAGCUUUACUGUAUCUACGUUGCCAUUGGCCAGAAGAGAUCCACUGUGGCCCAGCUGGUGAAGAGGUUGACUGAUGCUGAUGCUAUGAAGUACACCAUUGUGGUUUCUGCUACAGCCUCUGAUGCUGCUCCCCUGCAGUACUUGGCCCCCUACUCUGGCUGCUCCAUGGGAGAGUUCUUCAGAGACAAUGGCAAGCACGGCCUCAUCAUCUAUGAUGAUUUGUCCAAGCAGGCUGUAGCCUACCGUCAGAUGUCCCUGCUGCUGCGUCGUCCCCCCGGUCGUGAGGCUUACCCCGGUGAUGUGUUCUACCUGCACUCCCGUCUGCUGGAGAGGGCCGCCAAGAUGCACGACAACUUUGGCGGCGGCUCCCUGACCGCUCUGCCCGUCAUUGAGACCCAGGCCGGAGACGUGUCUGCCUACAUCCCCACCAACGUCAUCUCAAUCACUGAUGGACAGAUCUUCUUGGAGACUGAGUUGUUCUACAAAGGUAUCCGCCCAGCCAUCAACGUGGGUCUGUCUGUGUCCAGAGUUGGAUCCGCUGCCCAGACCAAGGCCAUGAAGCAGGUGGCCGGUACCAUGAAGCUGGAGCUGGCCCAGUACCGUGAGGUGGCUGCCUUCGCCCAGUUCGGCUCUGACCUGGACGCUGCCACCCAGCAGCUGCUCAACAGGGGCGUCCGUCUCACCGAGCUGCUCAAGCAGGGACAGUACUGCCCAAUGGCCAUUGAGGAGCAGGUGACUGUCAUCUACGCCGGUGUCAGAGGUUACUUGGACAAGCUGGACCCUUCCAAGAUCACAAAGUUUGAGAAGGCCUUCCUUGGGCACGUCCUCAGCCAGCACCAGGACCUGCUCACCACCAUCAGGACCGAUGGCAUGAUCUCACCGACAUCUGAUGCCAAACUGAAGGAGAUUGUGUUGACCUUCCUGGCCAGCUUUGAGUAAUGUGUGAAACUGCUCCUGGUCCUUCAGUGUGCUACCUGUCUCGGUCCCCAUUGUCCUAAUAUUAUAUGUGAACUACUGAAGGCCAGAACCUCCAUGUACAGAUUUCUCCUAAGAAUAAAUAACAUUUUACAACCCUAGAGAGCUGUGGUGAAAUGUGACUUUAUGGUAAGGUGUGCAGGUCCAGCAGAUUUUCCACUUGGAAGGGUAUAAAUUAUCACUUGAAUUCCUGUAUUAUGUUCUAAUGCAGUAAUGUUUCACCACUGUGGAUCUUUAUAUAGUCAAACUACCCUAAAUACAGUUUCUUAACUUCGUUCAUGAAAUUCACUUCCAUCUUGUCAGAAUAAAAACGUGGUUUCAAAAUAUAUUGAUUAACAGGACAUGGAUUGUCAUUUUUGCCCCUCAAGGAAAAAUGCAGCGCUUUCAGUCAAGCAUGGCGCAUUUCAGAUUUGAUUCAAAUAAAUGUAUAUUUAAAUACCGUU